AAUAAUUAAUAUUCUUUGACUUGAUCAAUGUGACCUAUUUUGGGCAACUCCAAGACAUAAAAUCCAUUCAACAAAAUAAUCUUAGCAACAAAACUGGAAAGAGAUUAGGACAAACAAGCCACUGUAAGUCCUCACAGAUGAUCAGUAAUAUCCAAAUAUGUGACACUUAAACAUAAAAGUAGUUUGUUGUUAAGCCUCUAAGGCUGUAGAAUAAUUAACUGUUUGCUCUAAUUGGUUCAUUAAGUUUGCAGAAACCAGAGGCUGGAGCCUGAACAGUGAGUCAGAGGUGGUCUUUAAUAGCUGAAGCAAAGUGAAGAGAGUCAGAGCAGAGAGCACAGUGAGCCUCUCUGCUCCAUCAUGUUCUAACAUUUUCCAGCCUGAACGUUGAAACUUUGCUCUCUGGUUAUGGAUAACGUCUCUGAUGUAAGAAUCUUUACUCUCACUGGGAUUAAUGAGACAAUGGACCACAGAACUGCAAUAUUCUCACUCACUUUGGUGUAUUACUGUGUGAUUUUAUUUUUAAAUGUCUCCCUCAUUGUCAUUAUAGUCUUGGAUGAAAACUUGCAUGAACCCAUGUAUGUUUUACUGUGCUGUGUUUGCAUUAACGCAGUUUAUGGCACCACCGGUUUCUACCCUAUGUUCCUGUUAAACCUGCUGUGGUUUACUCAGGAAAUCUCCUAUGGGUGGUGUCUCUUUCAAGCUUUUGUCUUGUACUCCUUCGCUUGCUGUGAGCUGUCCAUCCUGGCUGUCAUGGCCUACGACAGGUACCUGGCCAUCUGCCGACCGCUGCACUACCAGUCAUUAAUGACCAUAAGGAGGCUCUCUCAGCUGGUGGGCUUCUCCUGGCUCACUCCUUUCUGCAUUUUAUCCAUCAGUAUUCUGCUCACAUCCAGACUGAAGCUUUGCAGCCUGAAGAUUAAGAAACUCUUCUGUGUGAAUUGGAUCAUUGUUCAGCAUGCCUGCCAAGACAGUGACACCCUCUCAAAUACUAUUGUUUCAUAUGCAACAAUUCUUAUCUAUGUGUCUCAUGGCUUUUUCAUCAUUUGGACUUACAUGCACAUCAUCAGAACAUGUGCAACCUCCAAAGACGACAGGGUAAAGUUCAUGCAGACAUGCCUGCCUCAUUUGGUCUCUUUGAUCACUUUCCUGACUGUGAUUGUUUUCGAUUUGCUGUACAUGCGCUACAGCUCCACAGAUCUGCCCCAAAGCCUUCAAAACUUAAUUGCCAUAGAGUUCGUCCUCUUUCCCCCGAUGGUGAACCCUUUAAUAUACGGAUUCAAACUGACCAAAAUACGAAACAGAAUCCUGAGUUUAUUUCGUAUAGGAGGGCAGUGAGAACAUAUUGAUUCUGUUUUAUUGAUUUCUUUACUUUACAUCAUCA